GUGCGCAGUAGGAAUCCCCCCCCCCCCCGUUGCUACCGGCCUGGGCACCAUGGAAUUUCGCUCAGCGCAGCGAGCUGUACUUCAGUUGAUCGAGGCUGUGGCUCCGGCAGAUCGACCGGCGCUACUGCAAUGGAUGCGAACUACACGAGAUUUUGAUGAAUUCACUCAAGACAAUAAUGACAUUAUGUUGAAAAGCAUAGCAGAUGACCUUCGGAGUUGCUUACCUCUAGAAACCAUGCUUGCCUCAGAACCUGUAGCCCUUCAAAAAAUACAGCAGCAGCCAGAACCCACGGUUCACGUUGAUGCAUUCCUUUAUGAUGAAGACUUUAUUGAUUCAUUAUGUGAGGAAGGAAGAAUGAGCAGGAACUACUGUACAGUGUGCGGCUCGCAGCAGACAGCACCUUUAGGCUUUAUUUCUCAUUCCUUCUCCCUCAUGGAACUGAAGUUCAUUUAUCAUCACAUACUCCCCGACCUGUCGGGAAAGGUCUUGGUUGACGUUGGCUCCAGACUUGGCACAGUCCUUUAUGGGGGUUACCUUUAUAGUUCAGCUGUACAGCUGUAUGGAGUAGAACUGAAUGGAGACUUUUGCCAGUUACAGGAAAUGGUCAUUAAAAAAUACCAGUUUAGUGACAGAAUAAAGGUGAUCCAUGCAGACAUCCGUACCCAGGGUUCACUUCUGCACAGUGCUGAUGUUGUCAUAAUGAAUAAUGUCUUCGAAUAUUUUCUUAAUGAGACAGAACAGGCCAGUGCCUGGGAAUAUAUCAGUCAUAACCUAAAGAAGCCCGGAUCAUUAUUAGUGACAGUACCAAGUCUUGAAGAUUCUCUCUCAGGCCUUCAGACUAAUAUACAAUUAUCCUCCUGGGUUGAAGAGGUACCACUGAACUAUGAUGUGUACUCACAAAGUGACAUUGACAAAGAAGCUCUUGAACAAAUUCAUUUAUAUAAAAUUCUCCAGCACUAAAAUAGACCUCCCUAGUGUAAUGUUUAGUUAAGUAUAUUACAAAAUGAAAAAGAAGCCAAUCAUAGUGGCUUACACCUAUAAUCCCAGCACUUGGGAGGCUGAGGCAGGAGGUUCACUGUCAGGUCAAGGUCAGCCUUGGCAAAAUAGUUCAAAGCCAGCCUGAACUGCAAGGCAAGACUCUGUCUCAAGGGAAAAAAGAAGAAAAAGAGAAGAAAAGAAAAAGAAACACCCCUAAUAUCCUAAUACAUAUUUUUCUGUGUAUUUCCUUUCAAACUUGGUGUAUGUGACAUUUGCAAAUAGUUGUCUGUAUACACACAUAUAUAUAGCUGUGUAUGUCGCUAUACAACUUUGUUCUGCAUUGUGCAAUAAUAAAAAUAUUAACAAUAUUUUAAAUUAAAAUAGUUUAUCUGA